AAGCUAAGACAGAAUAUAGCCGGCAUGUUGCAUCUACGGCAAUUCGAUAGCUCGCUCUAUUACACUCUGGCUUCCAUGUCAUCGGGCAUGCUGCCACCCCCUCAGGCGUCCAAUGGCAGUCAGCUGACGUUGACUGCUACAGCAACUCCAGAGCCAAUGGAGGCUGCAGCAAAUAUGACAUAUUUCACACCUGCGAUCUCACACAUGAUGCUGGCGCCAACGCCAACGACUGCCAGCGGAGCCCAGACGACAGCGGCGACAAUGGCAGCAGCAGCAGCAACAACAACAACAAUAACAGCAACAACAACCAUAACACCGCCGGGCAGCGACUUCCAGGCGGCAGCGGGCGACAACUCAUCGUCGCCAUAUGCGGGUGAAUUGGACAACCUGAAUUCAUUCUACUUUUAUGAGACCGAACAAUUUGCUGUGCUGUGGAUACUCUUCACCAUCAUUGUGCUGGGCAAUUCGGCGGUUCUGUUUGUGAUGUUCAUCAACAAAAAUCGCAAAUCGCGUAUGAACUACUUCAUAAAGCAGCUGGCGCUGGCAGAUCUGUGCGUUGGACUGCUCAAUGUACUGACGGACAUUAUAUGGCGCAUCACCAUUUCGUGGCGUGCCGGAAAUCUGGCCUGCAAGGUCAUCCGUUUCUCGCAGGUCUGCGUCACAUACUCCUCUACCUAUGUGCUGGUAGCCAUGAGCAUUGACAGAUACGAUGCAAUAACGCAUCCCAUGAACUUCUCAAAGUCGUGGAAACGUGCACGUCACUUAGUUGCUGGCGCCUGGGUGCUCUCCGCGCUGUUCUCCGUGCCAAUACUGGUGCUAUACGAGGAGAAACUGAUACAGGGACAUCCACAGUGCUGGAUUGAGCUGGGCUCACCGAUGGCCUGGCAGAUUUAUAUGUGUCUCGUGUCGGCCACGCUGUUUGCGGUGCCUGCUCUGAUUAUAUCCGCCUGCUAUGCGAUUAUUGUGAAGACCAUAUGGGCCAAGGGCUCCAUAUUUGUGCCGACAGAACGUGCAGGUUUUGGAGCUGCGGCAACACGGCGAGCAAGCUCUAGAGGAAUCAUACCACGCGCCAAGGUCAAAACGGUCAAGAUGACGCUGACCAUUGUGUUUGUUUUUAUAAUCUGCUGGUCACCCUACAUUAUCUUUGAUCUGCUGCAAGUCUUUGGCCAGAUACCGCACUCGCAGACUAACAUUGCCAUAGCCACGUUCAUACAGAGCCUGGCACCCCUUAACUCUGCUGCGAAUCCACUCAUCUACUGUCUGUUCUCCUCGCAGGUCUUUCGCACGCUCAGUCGCUUUCCGCCAUUUAAGUGGUUCACCUGCUGCUGCAAAUCGUAUCGCAACAACUCGCAGCAAAACCGCUGCCACACAGUGGGUCGUCGUCUGCACAACAGUUGCGAUUCGAUGCGCACACUGACCACCUCCUUGACUGUAUCACGUCGCUCCACUAACAAGGCAAACGCACGGGUCGUCAUUUGCGAGCGGCCCAAUAAGGUUAUCACUGUGCCGGCUAUGUCGGAAGUAUGAUAGCUGGCGCAUUCGACACGCAAACGUUCAACGUUUGCGGUCCAUGGGCCGACAUCCUUCAGUGAUGCUGAAUUUCUAUAGUUAAAUACCAGGAAAAGCAUUUGCUACUGGAGGCUACACGAGGCUUAGACAAUAAGUGCAAUAGUUGUGUAUUGAUUAUGUAUGCGAAUUCAUACAUCUUUAA